CUUGUGUUAUCACAAGAGUCUUGUGAUUAAGUUUUGAGUCCAUUCACUGUAGAGUACAUCGAAAUAUAUAUUCGGGGUAAUCCAAGUGAUCACACGGUGUGAGUGACCAAACAUGAGUGCCGUUAUCCCCAAAGUGUCAAAACUAAGUCCACUCAUAACCCGUGUGUUGGGCUGUAAUCCGGGUCUUAUGACUCUUCAGGGAACCAAUACUUAUUUGGUGGGAAAGGGACGCAACCGUACGCUCGUAGACACCGGCGAACCCAAUGUCUCGCAGUAUAUCUCUUCGCUGAAGAAUGUGAUCGACGAGAAUGGCAUCAAAUUGUCUCAAAUAGUGAUCACUCACUGGCACAGCGACCACAUCGGCGGUGUGUCUGACGUACUCCAGUCUCUUCAGCUCAACGACACUGACUGUACGAUAUAUAAGAUGUGUAGCGAAGAACACGACCGCCAGUACUCGUCGGCCAUACGUUUCCAUUACUUACGGGACGGACAGCGGUUGCGGACGGACGCCGACCACGAGAACGGAGUGACACUGCGAGCGGUCGCCACUCCCGGACACACGACUGACCACUUGAUUCUGGUGUUAGAGGAGGAGAACGCGGUCUUCAGCGGUGACUGCAUUCUGGGCGAAGGGACGGCCGUCUUCGAGGACCUCUACUCAUACAUGCAGUCAUUGCAGAUAAUACUGGAUCUGAAGCCGUCGGUCAUAUAUCCAGGACAUGGAAACGUUGUGAAUGAGCCGAUGACCAAAAUUGAGGAAUAUAUCGCCCAUAGACUGCUUCGCGAGCAACAGAUUCUCAAUGCGAUGACCGCUGCGGACAGAGCUCUUACUUCUAUGGAAAUCGUGACAAUUGUUUAUAAGGAAGUAUCGGAACAGUUAUAUACGGCCGCAGAACUCAAUGUUUGCCAUCAUUUGGAGAAAUUGGUUAAAGAGAGCAAAGUGUGGAAAAUGAAUGAAAACCUAAUCAUUAAAUAUACAAUUAGUGAAUACUACACUGCUCUUAAUAAAACUGCUCUUGAUCAAAAUGUGAAAGUAAUGAUUGAAAGUAUGGAUCAAGUGAUGGCAUCGAUAGAGCGUGACCAAAUGGCAGCGAUGGGAGACUUUGCGCCGUCUAUUCUUCCGGGUUUCACUCAAACACUGGCUCUCGUGUCGAGACUAUCCGAAUCAAGAGUCGUUGUGUCCGCAAACCCGACUCACACCGACUCAACACUUGUGGCCAAUCACUGCCGACCAGUCAAUGGCGACCGAAGGCCCGCUCUUUCGGUUAGAGUCGGCGUUGCGUUGGUUUGCGCUAUGGAUUGGGCGACGGCUGGAGUGCAUGUCAUACACGCCAUGCCGUCGGCGAACCCGCGCUGUAAUGAAGGAGUAGUUUGCGAAGUGUGGACACCGGCUGUAAGGGCUGUGAGCGGUGAAGAGGUGGUGAUGUUUGAGACACAGACGCGCGGAGUUGACGGCGACGACAGCAACGACGGCGACAUUCAAACCCUAAUUAAAAGGCUUGAAUUAGAGUACAGACACGGAGUUCCUACGCCUCCCCUACAGCCGCCGCCACACAUGAAUGUCCACAAUGAGGGCGGAGAUAAUUGA